GAGGCCGCCGCGUUUCUGCCUGUGCAAGGGGGACGGUCUUGCCACGAGUGACAGGUGAUAGAGCCAAUUGGCUCUGUCGGAGUACGUCUGACGGGUGGUAAAGGCGUAGAGACGUCAUCAGUCUGCCGAAGAUGUCGGGGAUUCUGAAUGCCACCCUGAGUUGGCUCAACACUGACUCGUACUGCGAGAUGGGCACGUAUCGGCACCGGCACUUCAUGGGAAGCUAUGACCUUAAGGAAAAAGCCCUGAGGAACUCCUGCACGCUUUAUGUGGGAAACCUCUCCUUCUACACCACAGAGGAGCAAAUCUACGAGCUCUUCUCUAAGUGUGGGGAUGUCAAGCGCAUAGUCAUGGGGUUGGACAAAGUGAAGAAAACUCCCUGUGGCUUCUGCUUCGUGGAAUACUACACGAGAGCAGAGGCGGAGCAUGCUAUGCGGUUCAUCGGUGGGACUCGUCUGGAUGACCGCGUCAUCCUAACAGACUGGGAUGUAGGGUUUAAGGAAGGGCGGCAGUAUGGCCGUGGAAGGACAGGUGGCCAGGUGCGAGAUGAGUACCGGACGGACUAUGAUGUGGGCAGAGGUGGCUUUGGCAAGAUUGUUCAGGAGCAGCAGAAGACUCAACAGACAGGGAUCUACUAACAGCUUCUUGGAUUGAGAAGAGGGGUUGGGUACAGCGAAGAUGAUUCGCAGAAGACAAGGAAAAGGUCACAGUGACAGUCUGCAUGUCCCGGGCUUCUUGUGUCGCUGUGACCUUUUCCUUGUCUUCCAUGAAUUUGUGCCUGUUCUGCCACAUCCAAGGAAUAUGCCCAAGAACCUCUGGUAGGGUGGGAGAGAACAGAUCAUGUGGAGUCUGGGUUGGUUGCUUUUCCUGUGUGGUACGUGUAGUUUGCUUGUUCAUUUCUGUUUUUCUGAGUUUUCCCUCUUUUUUGGGGGGGGGAAUCUAAAUAAAAUUGUUCUCUUAACAAUGGGUGAUGACAAGAUCUAGGGCCUUCUCAGUGGUGGCCCCCGAACUAUGGAACAGUCUCCCUGAGGAAGUACGCCUGGCGCCGACUCUGCUCUCUUUCCGGCGCCAGGUCAAAACCUUCCUAUUCUCUGAAGCAUUUUAAGUUACACUGAUUUAAUUUUAAAAAUGUUUAUUGUAUUGGAUUGUUGAUUGUAUUUUAGUAUUAUUUUGUUAUUCAUUGUAUUUUUAUGCUAUUUUAUGUUCACCGCCCAGAGAGCUAUUGCUAGUCGGGCGGUAUAUAAAUUUAAUAAAUAAAUAAAUAA